GGAGGGGGAGAAGGAGGAGGGGUUGUGGAUGAAACGCGAGCCUCGCGCGUCACGUGGCUCGCUGAGAGCGCGACCCGCGCGGAGCGAGGGGGAUUGUGGGACGUGGCUGGGAGCGCAGUAACGGAGCUCUGCGAGGAGGAGGGAGAGGAGGAGGAGAAUCCGGGCCGCUCUGCCUCACUCCCUCCCUCUCGCUCACUCCGUCUCUCUCGCGCUCCUUCGCUCGCUCGCUCGCCCUCCCGGCAUGAGGCGAUGGCACCCAGACCCUGCACCCCGAAGAGGCUCUGCGCCCUCAUCUGCAUCAUCACGACCUUGUUGCUGUUGGCUUGGGCUCUCCGGAUCUCCGACUUGCAGGUGAUUCCUCCUUCCUCCGCUGUCCCCGCGGAGCUCACCGAGCCUCAGCAGCGUCGGCAGCAGCUGAUGAAACAGGAGCAGCAGCAUCAGCAGCAGCAGCAGCAUCAGCAGCAGCAUCAGCAGCAGGGGCGGGUGGAGGAAGCUGGCCCCGAGGAUGCAUCGGUGCCCUCCGAUCACGGCGCAGGGCGCAGCCCGGAGUCCACUGCGGCGCGACACCGACCGCCCGGCGCCACGCAGCACCGCAGAGCGCCGCCCGGCAGGCCUCCCGAACGAGGGCGGCGCGGCACCACGCCUGGCGCCAGACAGCCGCUCCCCGCCAGGCCUCUCCGCGGCUACGUGGGCGUCCCGCACGGGGAGCCGCUGCGCCUGCGCUGCGGGGACUGCGCCCUCGUGUCGAGCUCGGGCCAGAUGCUGGGCACCGGCGCGGGGCGCGACAUCGACGGCGCCGAGUGCGUGUGGCGCAUGAACAACGCGGUGCUCGCCCCGCGCUACCGCGACGACGUGGGCGCCCGCGCGAGCGUGCGCGUGGUGUCCCACACGAGCGUGCCGCUGCUGGCGCGCGCCGCCGCCGCCUUCUUCGGCAACGGCAGCGACAACACGCAGGGCAACGCCACGUACGUGAUCUGGGGCCCCCGCAGGAACAUGCAGCGCGACCCCCCGGGCACCGUUUACCGCAUCCUGCUGGCGCUGAAGUCGCGCUUCCCGUGGGCGCGAAUCUUCACGCUCACCGACGAGCAGAUGCAGCGGUGCGACGAGAUCUUCAAGAACGAGACGGGCAAGGACCGGCUGAAGUCGGGCGCGUACCUCAGCACGGGCUGGUUCACCAUGGUGCUCGCCAUGGAGGUGUGCGACAGCAUCCACGUGUACGGCAUGAUCGACGACGCCUACUGCAGCCGGCCGAACGCACGCACGGUGCCCUACCACUACUACGACCCUCAGGGACGAAACGAAUGCAGCGAGUACGCGGUGCACGAGAGGGCGCGCACCGGCGCUCACCGCUUCUUCACCGAGAAGGCCGUGUUCGGCCGCUGGGCCAAGCGCCACCGUAUCGCCUUCUCCCACCCCACGUGGCCCGCACCCCCGGCCUGAGCCUCAUCGUCCUGACCGGUGGCCGGAUCCGGAAUCAUACAAAAUCCCGAACUGGAUUUUUGAUGAUACCCGUAAUGGAUUUUGUCUGAUUAUGAAAUCCAUCCCGGAUCCAGAUUAUCUGUAAUCGCCUGCCUGAUCCUGAUCAUCUGAACUAUCGGUGAGAUCUGGCUGAUCUGAAAUCCUGAGCAGUUUUUUUUUAAUGAUGCCUGUGCUGGAUUUGGACUCAUUGGUUAAAUUCUGAUGAUCCAAAACCCUGAACUGGAUGAUUAAGAUUCCUUUGCCAGAUCUAGAUCAUCUGAAAUACCAUCCAGAUCCAGAUUAUCCCAAACACUGAACUUAUUUUUUUAUGAUUCCUGUGUGGAAUCUGGAGGAAUUUUACCCUUAACCAGAUCUUGGUGAUCUGGACUAGAUUACGAUCCACUGCCUCUGCUCUGAUCUGGAUGAUACGUGAGUCAGGAUCCACAUAGCCCAAACCCUGAGCCGGGUUUCAUGUGCAGGCCAGCAACAACAGCAGUAGUUCUCUUCACCACUGGAGAUGAAGUUGAUUUGGAGGGGGGGUGGGGCGGGCGGGAGGUGUAUUCUCCCGUCCCUCUGCUUCACCUCUGCCUUCGCAGUCGGCAUGACGACCACCUCAAGCGAGAGCCGGAGAGGCCGCCGCCCUUUCCCGGGGUCACGACCCCGACCGCCUGUGGCUCGCCUCUCCCGGUUCUCGACAAAAACACACAAAACAACAAAAAUGCCUUUUUAUUUCACCUUUACGUCACUGCUGCCACUCGGUAACCCGUCGCGGGUUACGCGACGCACAGCCGAUUUACUCCGCAAACUGAAGAACAAUUUUAUUGACUAAAAUUUCCGGUCCACAACCCCCCCCCCGCGUCCAUUGUCACUUGCCUGUGAUGCACCCACAGGGUCCGGUGGCUGUGUACCUCUGACUCCAACCUCACCGAGAUGCUGCAAAGGAGGGCUGGGGGCCGGCGCUUACACUCACAUUGACACCACCGAAUUUACACGGGGAAGCCACAAGUACUAGUUGGAGGGGCCUCGCAUCUAAUGCGGAGAUGGGUGGGGAUGGAAUUAUUUAGGUUGGACCCAGAUGGGUGGAACAGCGGUUGGGAGUUUCUGAGUCCACGUCGCAUGGGUUUGAAUCAAACCAUCAUCAAUAACAUCAUCAUCAGUAGUCGUUGGCUAUGGACCAUGUAGUAUCACGGCCAUAUACAUAAUGAAUAUACAGUAUAUGGUCGUGAUGAUGAAUUUGUGACAAUGACGAUGGUCAUUAUCAAGGAAAUUCGAUAACGGCGAUGCUGGCAGGAUGUGACCGCUGUUGUCCACACCACGGGCCGCCAGGGGGCGGACGUCGCCCGCAGUUUCUUGGUGGCGCCGCUCCGUAGUGGCGCCCCCUCCACAGCCACAUCGAGGAGAGGCGGACGGAUCCAAUUACCGCCCCAACUUCUCACGUGCCGCAGGGAUCCGUUAUGUUUGUAGGCCGCGACUGAGACCACAGGGCUUGCAUAGCGGCCCCGCCGGGAAGGGCGCGCCUCACCCGGCAGGGCCGUCGUGCCCAGGCGGGUAACUGUUAGCGCUGGUUACCCAAGCGGGUAACUCUUAGUUCUGGGUAACGCUUUGAUCAAUUUCGCCGGAUUUUCUCUCGGGUAAGUGCCUAAGAGCAGCACAACUUUCUACUCGCGUUGUAUUCGUAUUGGAUCACAUCUGCGAUCAUUGUUUGCUGUGGGCCGAUUUUGAGACAGCGGUGCUUGCGUAGCGGCUCUGCCGGGGAGGGCGCACCUCUGCCGGCAUGCCCGUCACGCCGGCAGAGGUGGUGGUGGGAGUCCUAUAUUACAGUUUUUAUUUGUGUCCAAUUUGUUCAAAACCCUUGGAUGAAUUUCACCAGGUUCCUCUACGUUACGUCCCUAGCACUACCCAACACAACUCGAUGCCAAGAGUUGUGUCGUUGCUGGAGCAUCGUCCAAGCGUGACCCUCCCUCCUCACUCUUUUCAGACGUGCACCGACAACGCAAUAUUCGUCAAGAACGCCGUGGCCUAUCGUAGGCGACGUUUCGGACAAUGACCCUUGUUCACAGCACAAAGAGAGCGGAUAAGAGUUGCAGACAGCACUUUAUUCUAUGCUGGAUAUCUGUGAAGAAAGAGCUUUACAGCUCAUCGGAUUCCUCCAGUGUAAAGAUUCUGAAAUACGUCCAGGAGGUUCCAUACGCUGGGUGGCCCACGAGUCGCACAACCAGUGGACUCAGCCAUCCAUAAUACCGGCGAGCUGGACUCGUAACGAAUUGGCAUGUUCUGUUUACACGACAAACCUUACUAAUUAGUUGUGGCGGGUUUAAGGACACAUUUACGCGAUCUAACCCCCGCAAAAAAACCUGUGUUAUGGAUGAUAUUGGUCGCGAAAGCCUAAGUGUUAAACUAAUCACCAUCUGUUUUGCCCUUCGAGCAACGCGCGGGUUUCCUCCGGGUGCUCCGGCUGAACACAUCCUACAAAGAACGCAAUGCAGGACCCUCGUGAAAGAAAGUGUUACUACUUAGCGUGGCCCUCCUGGAUAGAUAAAUAAGCAAAAUAUUAAUUUGGUCCCGCUGAGAAUUACAUAAUAAAAAAUGUGUCCUGAUUAGCAGUAUUCAUACCCAUUUGCUGUCGACCCAUACGGUUUAUCCGUAUUCUUGUAAAGGGCACUUCAGUUUUCAGGUCCAUACAGCGUACAGCCGUUUUAAUAUGGACCAAACAAAAUUGUACACAGUAUUUAUGUUUCUCCCUUGUGAUGGGACUUUGUAGGGUGAGCGUUGAGUCUGAAUUGGUCUGUAAUAAGUUAGGCACUGAUAAGGGAUUGACAGCUAAUGCAUACCACCCGCUUAGUGAUUCAUUCCUGGGCUUAGUUCUCAUGAGGAUGUGUCGAGGUUGUUAUUGUUAAUUGUACUUGUGUACCAGUGCCAAAGCAGCAGCAGCAAAAACAACACAAAACCACGUUGACAAAGACAGCCUGGGCCACGGGGCGCGGUGGUGACGACAGGGCGUGGUAGGGCUGCGGCUCUGCAGGUGGCAACUGCCCCCCACGCCAUCACCAGGUGGUGCUAAACCCCGUACGUGCCUAUGAGAAAGUGUUAGAGAAAGUGUUGUACUUCAGUGGCUGGCUGUUGCCGCUUUUAGGCGAGUGCCAAACUGUGUAGUCUCUCCGAUGUGUUGUCGCGUUGUUUGGUGGAUGAUGUGCGAUUGUUUCGCUCCACGUGCCGGGGAGUGAUUUUUUUUUUACGCGAACUGAACUGAUCAGCUGUCCGGGUUACCUCCGUUUCCGCCCUCGAACAUUCGAGCGAGCAGCUUUAUCCGGGCACUGCGGUUUGCUCCCGGAGAAAGCAAAUCAGCAACUUCAAAUAGUGUAAAAGAUCGAAGCGGCAACACCGCUUCUGCUUAAUUCAGCUGCUGAAGAAGCUGCCGGCACACAGGACGGAAACUUCGUAGACUUCGUACCCAGCCACACACAAUAGUAAUAAUAAUACCACUGUGUGUGGUACUGUUAUUAUUACCAUUGCCCAACGCAAGAUGAGGCGGGGUGAUAAGUUCAGGCAUGCCCUGGCCCACCCCUCUUCCACCCACGAAACCUAGGUGAUUAAUGGAAUGGAGGAACCCGUUAAUUGGAAGGGUGGCCUGCACGUUUGACAGAGCUGAUUUAAUUAAGGGCUGACACGUCCGGGCGUGAUGGAUGCGCCCAAAUGUCCGGCGCAUCCAGCGCUGUGUCUUGCCUUGGCAGCGUGUAAGUGGCCAUGGGCUCGCUGAUGGGACCUGACCAUCACGAUGACCCAUAUAACACUCAACUUUAUUUGGGCUGUCUGUAACAGUGCACUGCUUUGCUGAUGAGCCCCGGCGAUCAUGAAGACACGUGUGCUAUACAUAUAGGAAUACUGUACUGGCCUUGGUAGCACGUAAGUGGCCAUGGAUCACUGACGAGACAAAAUGACCAUGACCCAUAUAAGACUGACGUUAUCUUGGCAGUCUUUAGCUUUGAUAAUUAAACGGUGAUCAUGAAGACACAGCACUCGAGUGUCUGUGGAGGUCUGUAUGUGGAUAAAGUCUGCUGAUGAACUCUAAUAAUUAUGAAGACACUAUAAUGCCCCAGUGUGUCUUCGGAAGUAUAUAGCUUGCUGAUGAGUUAGAAUGAUGAGGAAGACCCAUGUAACCAUCCGUGCUUGUCUUGGCAGUGUGUAAGUGGGCAUGGCCUUGUUGAUGAGCUCUGAUGGUUAUUAAGACACAACACUAUAGUAUAUUAUUGUCAGCCUGUAGCUGGGCAUAAUGCAUUGAUGAGACUCAAGAACUACGAAGAUCAAUAUAACACUCCGUGCUUGCCUUUGCAGCAUAUGAGUAAGCAUGGCAUGCUGAUGAGCACUAAAGGUUAAGAGGACUCCUAUAACAAAGGUUUUCCUUGGCAUUCUACAGGUGGGCAUGGUCCUGCUGAUGAUUUCUAAGGAUUACGAUGACCCAUGGGAAACACGAGCACAUUUUGAUUCGUAAUAAUUUUCUUUUGGUUUAGAUCGUGUAGGUAUAAUGUCAGCGAGAGCUGAGCUUUGUUCACGCCUGAUGAUGCUGGAUAUAAUCUCCAGAGAAGCAUCGUUCAUGUGCAGUUGUCAACAUGUUGCUUGGAUCUUCCUUCCUACCUCUGGUCUGUGCUGAAAAACCAAAUCACUCGGCCACAAUCGCCCACGUGACAACGUGAGUUGAUUGGCUCUGUCGCUCGGUGUGGGGAGGGUUACGGUUAAUACGAUUCACAUUUUUACAGGCACGAUCUCACCCAAAGUAAACUCGUUACGAAUCGUAAUAUUGUUGGCGAAAAUCCGUCGAAUAUAAAAGAACCACAAGGCUACGUGCAGUCUGUACAGGCUACGUCUUACGUACUUUGCCUUGGCAGUCCAAAGGUGGGCAUCUCGACCGCGCGUCUCGCACGCUCUCGGCCAACUAACGCCUUCCUUUGAAGAAAGUGUCCACCGAUAGUAUUUAACAUAUUUAUAAAUAUUCGUGUUGUCGAUGGUUGGAGCCCCAUCGAGACGACUUCACUCCGUGUGGGAGGCACACACCCAGCUGUUACUAUAACAGCUGCAAUCAGGGCUUCAUUUCUCGUGGGGUGUAAAAAAAAUUGCCGGAGUUCAGCCCCGGACAGCUCCGAUUGAAGUCCAAAAUUAAGCCCUGCGUGUGAUAUGUAUUUUAUAACUUAAUAUGAUACGAAUGACCUUGCAGUGUUUUUUUGUAACUUGCCCGUGGAAUGUAAUAAAAACAUAUACAUCGUAUUCUUCGGCUGAUAAGACGCUCUGGAAAGUCAGACGCACUCUAAAAUGUGUGCCCCUUUCAAUAAAGU